CUCUCACUAGCUUAUUGUAUGCAAGACUCCGCACCCACACGACGAACGGACUCGAUCUCUGGCAAUGGUCCCAGUCGCGCACGACUCACCCCACUGCUCCUUCAGGAGGAGCGGCCUAUGCAAUUGCCACAAGACGAAUCAGUCACGACCGAAAACUCCCUAGGGUUUUUCUCAACAGGCACGCUAGAUCCCGACCAGAGGCUUUCUCAGGAGCUUGGGCUCUCGUUCUCUCCUCCAUCGGUUCUACCGAUGUCUGAGCCUGAGCCAUGGGGCUCUUUCGCUCUUGGAUCUCCUCUUGCCUCGCCCUUUUCUGCCAGCGAGCUCUCAGAGCCUGCUGAGACCGAUCUAGCCUCGUCACCGGCAGCUCUCUUCUUGUCUGCCUUCAGCCCGUCUACGUCCGAGCAAUUGCUUGCCCCAGACGACGAAGGCUCGGUCAUCGCGGGUUACACCCUGGGACCCAUCAUAGGACAUGGUGGGUUUUCAAUCAUUCGCACUGCCUCGUCUGCGCAGGGUGGGACAGUCGCUGUCAAAAUCGUUCGACGGUCGGAACUUGACAAGCAGCCCGAUCCCGCAUUGGCGCGCAAAAGCCUCGAGCGCGAAGCGGUGGUGUGGGGCGCCCUCAAUCACGAACAUAUCCUGCCGCUGUUCACCGUCAACCAUACCCCGUACGCCGAUUUCUUCGUCACCGUGUUCUGUCCCGCGGGGAGUCUGUUUGACAUUCUCAAGCGCGAUGGCCGGCCCGCGCUGCCGCAGGACGAUGCGGGGAUGAUGUUCAGGCAGGUGGUCCGGGGGCUGCGGUACAUGCAUGAGGUGGCGGGUUACGUGCAUGGGGACCUGAAGCCGGAGAAUGUGCUUGUAGACGAGAUGGGUGUUUGUAAGAUCGGCGACUUCGGAAUGGCACGAAAGAUCGGCGAGAUCGACGACGAUCCGGAGAGUGAAGAAGACGAAGUGCCCCCUAGCAUCCCCCAUCGCGCGCGCACGAUCUCGCAAGCCCCCUCCUUCGCGCGGAGAUCUCUCGGAAGACAAACCGGACUUCCCGCGCUACUGCACCUCAAGCGUCGCCACGCUGCUCGACAUCGCAACUCUAGCCCAUACCCCGACGCGAGCGCGCCCUCGCCACCGAAUGCGAACCGUGGCUUUGCGCCAGGCUCAUUGCCGUACGCUGCACCCGAGUUGCUACUUCCGCCGAGCGAUGCGUCACCGCGCGCUGCGAGUCCCGCACAGGAUAUCUGGGCACUGGGAGUCACCCUAUAUAUCCUGUUGACGGGGAAGCUCCCGUUCUCUGACUCAUUUGAGCCUCGUUUGCAGAUGAAGAUUCUCCAUGGCGUGUUCGAGAUGCCGCAGGGCAUUGGCCGUAGCGGCGAGCAAGUCCUCAAGGGCUGCAUCGAACGCUCGGUCCCGAACCGAUGGACGAUUUCCAUGGUGGAUGAGGUUGCCUGGGGUAUCGGGUGGGGCUCUGCGGCAGACGAUGUCACGCCGCCGCCAGAAGCAACCCUAUCUUGCCGUGCCUCGCGUUCACCAUCUCGCUCGCGUACGAUGUCCCGUAAGGAACAUGCCGUGGACGAUUCGGAGAACCGUCGCUCGUUGUCGCGCGCGGCCCGUUCCGCUAGCCGCUCGACAUCCGCAGUCCGCACUUCCAGCCGUAGCAAGUCGAGAGCUGCUCAUCCCUACGACAACGCCCUCCCCCACCCACUCCUCCACACAGAGCGCCGCCCCGCCCAUCCACUUCCGACACAGCCCAGCCUGUCGUCACUUACCAACGCUAUCCUCCGCACCCAUUCGAGCACGUCGUCCGACUCUGCGGAGACGCAAGACUCCGCCAUCAUCAUCCAACCCAGCAUGUCGAACGAUUCUGAUUUGGACCUCGAGCGCGGACGAAUGUCCCGCCCGCGCCUGCAGGCGGACUUGUCCGUCUCUCGUUCUCGCAGCCCCUAUCUCCCUCCCACCCCGAAGGACCUCUCUCUCGAUAGCGGAGUGCGCCGCAGGAAGUCUCCGCCCUCCAGGCCACUCCUCACCACCCCCGAGUUUGAGAACUCAGCCUCCGAGCUGGAUACCUUGGAUGAGGACGCGGGAUGGCCGAUCAGCCCGAGCGCGGACACAGACAUGUCAGCAGCGCGAAGCCUCAGCCGGGAUAUGGACACGGACUGGUCUCCGUCGCGCUCGUCCUCGGGCGCCCGCCGUGGCCGCGAACCCCGUCGCGCGUUCUCACGCACGCGGGAGGAGCUACACAAGAUCAUGCGAAACGAGAGCAUGCCGCCGAAUGUGUCGCCCUCCGCUUCGUGGACGGUCUCGUCGAUGAGGGAGCCGGGCUGGUACUCGUCUGGCCAGACCUCCGUCGUCGCGCCGGCGACCCCGAUGCCGAUCCCUGUCGGCGGGUCCGCCUCGGGACGGAGCAAGAGUCUGGGGCCUGACCGCGCUCGCCGUCAUGCGCAUCUCGGGAACUAGGUUCGCAGUUCGUCGUUUAUAUAUCUCUCCUUUCGUGCACAUAGUCCGUACCGUCUCGUCCAUCUGUAUAAUCGAUACCCCUCCUCAUCACUCGUUCCUUCCAUCAUCUCUCCUUUCCUCUCUCGCCGUGCAUACCUGUUCUCGCCUCACUCCCCCAUCCCUUUGGCCUAUCUAACAACCACGCGAAGUGUACGGGUAAUCUGGUAAUGAUCCAUGUGAUCGCUGUACGAUUGUGUCUACAGUAUGUACAUGUACGCUCAGCAAUGUGCUUGUCUAUUUCCACGUCAUGGUCAUGUCCCC